AAUAAGACAUAACUAUUCGCGACGUGAAAGGCCGAUCUGAAAGUUUGUUGAAUUAUUGAUUAAAGCUCGACGCUCAGGCCGGUUUGCUUUUCAUUUUCAAAAUUGGAAUUUUUUUGAAUUCGUCAUUCAAAUUCUAAAAUUCUGAGCUAAAAAUAUACGAGUUUUUAAAACGUUUUCACCUCGCUUUGCUCGGGUCAAUUUGUAUGUAAUUUCAUCUCAAUUUUGUAUGGAAAACGCGCCAUGAGGUUAUCAAUAUAUCUACAUUCCAAUGCAACCGUUGCUCUCGGAUUAGCAGUCAUCAUGACAACUUUCUCCUUGGCAAUUUCUUUAAAUUCAACCAACUGCGGAGAACAGAUGAAACGUUGCAAGGGAGCCGUAUUAUUAACUUGUAACAGCACAAAAAUGACAAGUACGUCGUAUUGGUAUCGUUUAUCGCCCGAAAGAAUGAUGACAAUGUUGGAAAAUGCAUCUCACUUGUCCGAUUAUGAAGUAAAAGACGUAUCAAAAUCAUACGAGACAACGGAAACAUGGCUGUCGAAUCUAUCCCCGUAUGAUAAUGGAUUGUAUUCUUGCUUAGAUCGAUCAAAACCAAGAGAGGAACAAGUGAUUUGUUGCAUUAGGUUAAACGUCAGUUGCAAUGGUAUUGAAAACAACGAUCACAUAAAACAGCAUUUGCAAAAAAUUGAGAAUGGCGAUGGAGCGUCACCAUACACAUUAGAAAAAACCAUUCAUUUUAUUCCUCGACAAACAGACGAGCCGGUUGUUUUAAGAAGUUUUACUAGAGGAUAUCCCAAACCAACUAAUUCGGCCUACGCAACAAAUUAUGGUGAUUUUUCUGGAAAUGAGCUAAAACUAUAUGAUGAUGAAAGUCAUUUGUUUCUAACAAUAGACGAACCGUCAAUGCCGACAACUUAUACCAUUCGCACAUGCAACGCGAAAGGCUGCAUUGAUAAUAUUUUCCACUCUGUUCAUCAAACUGGAAAUAAUACAGUUGUGAUAGGAGAAAUUAAGGGUGCAUCUGUGACAUUAUGUUGCGAUGCUGAGCUCAACUCUACCUGGAGAGUGCAGUGGUUCAUUAAAAAUAGAAAUGAAACGAAAAAUACGAAAGAAAGAUGGACAGCUCCAAAGGAAGUGCCUUGCUAUUUCAUAUUUAAUGUAUCUGAUACGAACACUGGUACAUAUCAAUGUAGAAAGCAAGAUUUGUCAACAUGGAAGACGAUUGGUACUUUUGAAUUGAAAAUUCUCAAUGACUCGGUCUCUGGCAAACACCCAAUCAACCAGGCUACUGUUUCCGCUGAAAAUGAUCAAGAUUACUUCAGAAAUGGCGGUUCGAUUACUAACAUAUUAAUCAUCAUUUUGAUAACGGCAUUAUCCUUCACAACCAUCUGCGUUACCUAUUUUUCCUCCAAAUUCAAAAAAGAAAUGAGAAAAAUAAACAUGGAAUUAGAAAAAAUGACGAAACUGCAGGUGAAGAAAAUCAUCGUCCAAAAACAAAUCAGUAGUGAUAACGAUUCGUCGGAUAUUUUGAAUAUUCCUGUCGUUACUAUUCAAUGUUUGAGAUCUGAUGAAGUCAAAAAUGGUAUGAUUUCCAACGUAGUUUACGAAAUGCCUUUGGAUGAACGCUGGGAAUUUCCUCGACAUAAUUUACGUAUCGGUAGAACGGUGGGUGAAGGAGAAUUCGGAAUAGCUGCCCAAGCCGAAGCGAAGAAUAUUCCAGGGCGAGAAAAUCAAACAACAAUUGUAGCUGUGAAAAUGCUCAAAGAUGAUGCCCCAGACUCCGACAUGAUUAAUUUAGUUUCUGAAAUGGAAAUCUUGAAAUUACUUGGAAACCAUCCAAAUGUCCUCCGACUAAUUGGCUGUUGUAGUCAGGGAGGGCCCCUGCUGGUAAUUACAGAAUAUGCUGAAAACGGAAAUCUUCAAAAGUUUCUGCGUAACCAUCUUGAACGGUCGCCCAUUAAACUCCCAGAAACUACUCUCAUGUCUUAUGCUCUUCAAAUUGCGCAGGGGAUGGAUUAUUUGGCCUCAUUGAAGUGCAUUCAUCGAGAUUUGGCGGCUCGCAAUAUCCUUGUAAUGGUUAACCACACCAUGAAAAUAGCAGAUUUCGGUCUUACCACGAAUACAACAAAUUCAGAGUACUGUAAAAAAACUUCGGAAGGAAGGCUUCCAAUUAAGUGGAUGGCACCUGAAGCUUUGCUUCAUCACAAAUACACACUCAAGUCUGACGUGUGGUCAUACGGUGUCUUAUUGUGGGAAUUAUCAACAAUGGGUGGUAACCCAUAUCCUACGCUUCUCAAUCUUGUUGAGCUACUUCACGUUCUAAACCAAAAUUAUAGAAUGGAAAAGCCUCCGAACACAUCUACAAAUGUAUAUGAUUUAAUGUUGGAAUGUUGGGAUAAUGAACCUGAACGUCGUCCAAAUUUUUCGACCAUUGUGGAGCGCCUGACAGAAUUAUUCCCAUGCACUCAGGCAAACGAUGAGUCCAGCCAUUUACUAAAUUCUGAUACUUCUGAAUCUGAGAUGGGAAGCAGUGUUUUCAAUUCGAAAUUCUCUGAAGAUGAAAAUGCAAGUGAAGCGUGUUGAUGUUGAUAAACUCUCGAAAUGUUCAAGAAUGGAGAACUGCGAGAAAACCAUUUUACACAUAGGCAGGUAUACUUGAAACUGGUGAAUGACAGAAAGUUCUUUUUAAAAGUUUCAUUUUUUCAGUAUCCUUAAUUUGUAAAAAAAAAAGAAUACCAAUUGCAUUGUAAAUAACUAGGUAUUUUAAUUUUUUAUUUGUUUGAGCUUGAUUGAGCUUUUUUCAAAAAUAUAAGUGUACAUUUCUAA